AUGAGAGCAAUUGGCGUGAGCGGUGACAUCGCCGAAAUGUUCCAUCGAAUAGCAGUAAGAGAAGAAGACGCUAAAGCACAACGAUUUCUAUGGCAAAAUCAGACAACAGGCGUCAUAGAAACUUUCCAAUUAAAUGUGUUGACAUUUGGAGCCACGUGCUCCCCCUGUAAAGCGCACUAUGUGCGCGACCUGAACGCUAAAAACCACGCAGACGAGUUUGGUUCGGCAGCUAAAGCUAUUCAGAGAAGUCACUACGUAGACGACUACAUCGAUUCAUGCCAUUCAGAAGAAGAAGCCAUUACAUUAGCGAAAGAAGUUAGAGAAGUCCAUGCACGCGGAGGUUUCCAUAUGCGCAAGUGGUGUUCGAAUUCUAAACGGGUACUCGCUGCGCUUCGCGAUUCAACAACCUACGAAGAAAAACAGUUCUUUAACAGUGAAGAGAUACACUCUUAUGAGAAAAUAUUGGGCAUGCGGUGGAGCCCUCGUCAAGAUGCCUUCACCUAUGCACUAAAGUUUGUACGCCUGAAACGCAACAUAAUAGCGACAAAAGUCGCACCAACCAAAAGGGAAAUUUUACAAGUUUUGAUGUCAGUUUUUGACCCCAUGGGUUUUGUAUCCUGUAUAAUGAUGUAUCUCAAAAUACUGCUCCAACAAGUUUGGCGAUCGAAGAUUGAUUGGGAUGAGGAAAUACCACCCAAUCUGCAGGAUAUGUGGCAAUCAUGGCUGUCCUUCUUACCCUUGAUAGAGAACGUGCAAAUUCCGAGAUGCUAUUUUAAAAAUUGGCAUGCACACGACGGCCGAGUUCAAAUUCACGUAUUCGUGGAUGCGGGAGAAGACGCCUACUCUGCCGUUGCGUAUUUCCGUAUCGAACAUAAUAACCAAAUACUUUUGAGUCUCGUUUCAGACAAAUCCAAGGUAGCUCCGUUGCAGCCGCUCUCGAUACCCCGCUUGGAGCUACAGGCAGCAGUAACUGGAGCGCGACUGAUGAAAAACAUAAUAGCACAACAUGAAAUCGACUUUGAGGAAUGUUACUUAUGGACCGACUCGAAAACGGUACUAGCGUGGCUCCAUGGAGACCCACGACGAUAUCAACAAUAUGUAAUGUUUAGGAUAGCCGAGAUAUGUGAGCUCACCGAGGCCAGAAACUGGAGAUGGGUACCAAGCAAACUAAAUGUUGCGGACAUCGCCACCAAACGACAACAUAGGCCUGAAAAAUACACACAAUGGUUCGAAGGACCCAAAUUUUUAAAACUACCGCCGGCAGAUUGGGCGACGGAAACUACCAAUGAAAGGACAGUCACUGAGGAACUGCGUCCUCGUUUCCUUCACAUGCGAAGGGAACCAGCAAGAAUCAAUUACGAGUACUUCUCAAAAUGGAAUCGAUUGACCAGGGCAAUAGCAUGUUGGCUUGCCUAUAAGAGGAAAUUGAUCAACAAAAUACGUAAAUCAAAUGAGAAUACAAACCAACUGGCAUCCCAAAUUAAUGAAGCCAGAAUGUUUCUAUACCGGAACAUACAACAAGAAUGUUACAACGAAGAGUACACAGCCAUCGAAAACGGCCACCACUCUUCCUAA